AUGCCCAGGGCCCACUUAUACUGUUUCAGAAAGCCUGACGCAUGUCCAUCAAGCAGCAUGUCAAAACGCGAACCAGCUCCAAAAUCAACAGCUCCGACAGCUUCGCAGAGCAGGGAGAAAGAGGAUAAAAAGAAAACACGUUUACGGGAUACUCGGUCUUUGGACUCACGUGGCAGUAGUGCCGCACUUGUUAGAACAGGUCCGGAUAUAAAGAACGGCUGUAAGAGUGUCCUUGAAAAGACGACUCAGCUGAACGAACAAAUAAAAGAGAGGAUAAACAAACUGAUGACAAUGAGAAAGAGUGAGAAAAAUAGGAUUCUUCAGAUUAACAUGGAGGCAGAACAUGGGGAAUGGGCUUCUUUAAUGGCUAAAUGUCAACUUGCAGCAUAUGCGGCGAGUCUGAUGGUGUAUGCAACAGAUGCGGUGGAUACAAGUGAGACGGUGAUAAAUAAGAUUAAAUCGGAUUUUAAGAAGGCUGUAAGAGAAAAUAAAGAACUGAAGGCCUCUAUUUCGUUUGUAAUAGAGAAAAUCCACGACACCGAAGGCCGAUUAUCAGCCUCCAAAGAAGAAUCACUCUAUUGGAAGUUUUUGUAUGAUCUUAAUAAGAUUGAGUACAGCCUGAAUCUCACAAUCGACGAGCACGCAGUUUGGCACGAGGUCAAGAUUUUCGACGUACAAUGGAACAGUGAUAUAGCUGGGCCCUUAAUGCGUGCCGUUGAACCUAUCUACGUGGCAAUUGACGCCAAUUUUGAAGAAGAAGCCCUGGAAUUGAUAGAUAAAUUACCACAAGUCGACGAGGAAAAUCUUCCAACACUGGCCACAUACCUGGAAAUCAUUGCCAAAAGGGCCUACGAAGAGGGUCUCUUUACUAUGGCCGAGGCCCAAAUGAAAAGAGUUCUCGAGAUUCGGACCAAGUCAUAUGGUGCAGGAAAACCAAUUAUAGCAGCCACUUUAAACGUUCUUGCCCUCAUUUACAAUGGAAUGAAUAAUCUACAGAAAGCCACAGAAACGGCCUACCAGGCACUUGAUAUUUUGGAAAAGGACUCUGUCACGAGCAAGGACAAAACCAUUCUUAUCCGGCAGUAUACAAGAACAGGCCAUUUCCUUGUCAACUGGGGAUAUUAUCAAGAGGGGAUAAAACUAAUGCAAAUGGCCCUUGUUGAAAUGGAAGCCAAUCUGCCAAAAGAAGAGCAAGGCUGGUCGAUUCUCAUCUGUAAAAUGGCAAGAGCCUGCAAUGACGCGAAAUUCCACGAUGAUGCCAUGGUGAUUGCUUGUGAAUUGAUUGACUAUUAUCAAGAGAAAAGAUUUGGCCCAAUUAGUGAGAAAAAUCUGACAAUAUAUGAAAUAGCGUAUGCACAACAGAUGGCCAGUACUAAAGACACCACAAAUCAAGAAGCUACUCGUCUACCCGAUCCCGUGUACCUGCCCCCACAGGUGGCAAUGGCCAUGAAAGAGGUCGCAAUCGCUUAUGCUUGCAAGUUUCAAUUUCGUGCUGCAAAUACCAUCCGCGAAUACAUCGAGAAGUGCGCCACGUCAUGUCAAGAAGAGCCGGAUACGCUGACGACCACCACACCGAAAGCAUUUCGUGAUAGGGAAAGACGAAGAUCUCUGAUUAAAGGGAGUGCUCAACAGCUCAUGUCCACGAAGUCUGAAGACAUUGUAGAAGAAAAGCGGAAGCUUCACAGCAUGCUAAGCAACGUUUUUAAGUCAAAAAAGUAG